UUACAACUUCGUUCUUUGACCUUUUUGGGGCAUUGGCAUUGGCAUGGGGCUCGUCGCAUUGUAUAGGUAACUUGUAAGCUUCACUCUGGACAGUACGGUACACGAAGUGUUGGCGACACGUUCUAGGGUUGCUGCUGGACCUCCAGAUUCAGCAUGGUUGCUGCGGCAUUACAGCACGCGGGUUUCGUCUUGAGCGGCCGCGCUUGCAGUCCGCUAGCUGCCACCCGGACAAAGGCGCCCAUCCCCUGCGCCUUGGCAACUUUCACAUUCUUCCCUCAGCAUUGCGCAGCAAGGCCUUCGCUGCAUUUUGACAAAAAACCUCAUCAGGCCCUGCAUUCUAAUUUUGUGCCCAAAUUUCUGGCGGCCUCCCCUGCGGGGCAAGUAACCCCAGCGGCAGGCAAGGGAAGAGCAGUGACGAGCAUGGCGGUGGAGCCGGCGGUGAUUGUGGGGUACGGCAGGGUGGGGCAGGCCCUGGAGAAGAUGGGCGGGGAAAAGGACGUGGUGGUCAAAAGGGGGGAGAAGGUGCCGGUAGACAGCACCGGGCCAAUCCUCAUUGCAACACGGAAUGAUGCACUGGACAGGGUUAUUGAAGGCACCCCUGCCGACAGGCGAGAAGACCUUGUGUUUAUGCAGAACGGCAUGCUGGAGCCGUACCUGGCGUCCAAGGGCCUCGAGGCGGCCACGCAGGUGCUGGUCUACUUUGCGGUGGCCAAGGCCGGAGACGCUCCCAUGGACGGGAAGACCGACGUGAAUCCAGAGGGACUCACGGCAGCCACGGGAAAGUGGGCCGAAGCAGUGGCGGCGCGCCUGCAUUCCGCGGGCCUUAGUUGCAAGGUGUUGGACACGGCUGCCUUCCGCAAGUCCAUGCUGGAGAAGCUCAUUUGGAUCAGCGCCUUCAUGCUGGUCGGGGUCAAGAACGGAAACGCGUCUGUCGGAGACGUAGAGGCCAAAUACCGGGACGAGGUGGCCGCUCUGAUUGCGGAGCUGGCGGCUGUGGCGGAGAAGGAGACCGGGGUGACGCUGGACGAAGGCCUCGAGGAGCGGCUGUGCGCGUAUGCACGCUCCGUCGCCCAUUACCCAACAGCCGUCAAAGAGUUUGAAUGGCGGAACGGUUGGUUCUUCGAUUUAUCUAAGAAGACAGUAGACGCCACCGGAUCCGAUCCCUGUCCCCUCCACACAUGCUGGCUCAGACGAGUUGGCGCUGCCUAGGGCUUCAGCAGUUUGACAAUUAGGGGUACCUAGAAGGCACGCAACCAAGUUUGGCAAAGGCAGGACCUCAGCAGCAGGCCUUUCGAUGUUUUGCGGCCAGAUCCCAGUCUUUAGGUGGCCUCAUCAGGAUACUUACAUCUGAGAGUUCCCUAAUGGUUCGCGUUUUGCAUGAUGGCUUGUCUCAAGUAUGCCGUGCAGGGGCGCAGCCUCUCGUGACAGAUUUAAGUGCACUUAUAUGCUGCCUCUGCAUGGCGGUGUUUGGCCAUCGAAAACAAAUAAGGUCAACUGCUCUGGUUGGACAUCAAAUCAAGUCACAUUUGAUGGGUAUUUGUAUUGCAUUUGGC